GCUGCCAUGAAGAAAGCGCUGCUUGCUCACGAAAUCGCAGCUAUCGGCUCAAUCGUGCGUGGGGCCGCUCAUUAGUUUUGUGAACAUCACACACUGACUCCUCGUAUGCGUGAAUGAAGAUCACGAAUUGUCGGCUUUUAUCGAGCGGAAUUAUCGGCUUUUAACUAGGUGCAUCUGGUCUCGUGUUCUACUCGCCGUUGUUGUGACAUUAUUGCUCUAUUCUACUACUACUUAUGCGUUUGACCUCUACCGUUUUGGCCUUCAUGCUAAUAAUGCUUCACACUUCUAACAACGAAACUUGCAGACUCUCAAAUUUUUUUUCGUCCACUGACGCGUAAAAACCCAAAAGAAGAUGUCGUGCAAAGCUGUUAUCAUCUCCCUGGUCGCAGGUGUCG